GCCUUCAAAUGUAUUGUUACACGGAAGUUUUUUCAGUUUUAUAGAUGCAUUGUGUCUCGGAUAGUUUCAGUUAGUCUUGCGUCAAAAAAUCAACUUGCACCUUGACAGUCCAAGGUGUAUGUUCGCAUCCAUUUGGGUCUUUUUCCCUCCUGUAUCUGUCUUGUGAGUAGUACAGAGACGGAUUUUUGUGUUGGGGUGGAAAUAAAAAGUGAGCAGGCUUUUUGAGGUGAAGACUUUGGCUGGCACAGGGUCUGGGGAGAAGUGAUGGCGGCGUCUGCACCCUCCUCUGGCGGCGAACCGGAUCCCAACAACUCGACUAAUUUACGACCACCGGGCUCAAGUUAUGACGCAUGGUGCGGUGUUGCUCAUGGAUGCACGAGGAAGCUGGGGAUGAAGAUAUGUGGUUUCCUGCAGAAGAACAACAGUCUGGAGGAGAGGUCCCGGAUUGUGAGCUCCUUCAAAGAGCGCAGCGCCAAGAACCUGCUCUCCUGCGAUAACAGCGGCCAGGAGACCCACUUCCGACGCACGGAGACGGACUUCUCCAACCUGUACGCCAGAGAUCUCUUGCCUGCCAAAAAUGGGGAAGAGCCAACUUUGCAGUUCUUGCUGGAGGUGGUGGAUAUCCUCACCAACUACAUUCGGAAGACGUUUGACCGCUCCACCAAGGUCCUGGACUUCCACCACCCUCACCAGCUGCUGGAGGGCAUGGAGGGCUUCAACCUGGAGUUGUCAGACCAGCCCGAGUCCCUGGAGCAGAUCCUGGUGGACUGCAGGGACACUCUGAAGUAUGGCGUCCGCACAGGCCACCCCAGAUUUUUUAACCAGCUGUCCACUGGUUUAGACAUCGUGGGUUUGGCUGGGGAGUGGCUCACCUCAACGGCAAACACCAACAUGUUUACCUAUGAGAUUGCCCCUGUAUUUGUCCUCAUGGAGCAGCUAACUCUGAGGAAGAUGAGGGAGAUUGUGGGUUGGAGAGAUACAGAGGGUGACGGAAUAUUCUCUCCAGGUGGUGCAAUCUCCAACAUGUACAGUGUGAUGGUGGCCAGAUACAAGUACUUCCCAGAAGUGAAAACCAAAGGGAUGUCAGCUGCCCCCAGGCUUGUUCUCUUCACCUCAGAGCAUAGUCACUACUCCAUCAAGAAAGCCAGUGCUGCUUUGGGCUUUGGGACAGAUAAUGUAAUACUUUUGAACACGGAUGAGAAAGGAAGAGUCAUCCCAGCUGAUUUGGAGGCUAAAGUAAUAGCAACCAAACAGAAGGGUUAUGUUCCUUUGUAUGUGAAUGCCACGGCCGGUACUACUGUCUACGGAGCCUUUGACCCUAUCAACGAAAUCGCUGACAUCUGUGAAAAGUACAACAUCUGGCUUCAUGUAGACGGAGCAUGGGGAGGAAGUCUGCUGAUGUCCAGGAAACACAGGCACAAGCUCAGUGGAGUAGAAAGGGCUAACUCAGUCACCUGGAACCCUCACAAGAUGAUGGGAGUGCCACUGCAGUGCUCUGCCAUUCUAGUCCGAGAGAGGGGCCUUCUGCAGGGCUGCAACUCCAUGUGUGCGGGCUACCUCUUCCAACCAGACAAACAGUAUGACGUCACAUAUGACACUGGGGACAAAGCCAUCCAGUGUGGUCGCCAUGUCGACAUCUUCAAGUUCUGGCUCAUGUGGAAGGCAAAGGGAACAACAGGAUUUGAGCAGCAUAUCGACAAGUGCCUGGAUCUGUCAGCAUACCUCUACAAUAAAAUCAAAAAUAGAGAAGGCUACAAGAUGGUGUAUGAUGCAGAGCCCCAACACACAAAUGUCUGCUUCUGGUACUUCCCUCCGAGCCUGCGCAGCUUACCUGAAGGAGAGGACAAGAGGGAGAGACUGCACAAGGUGGCCCCAAAGAUUAAAGCUAUGAUGAUGGAGUCUGGGAGCACCAUGGUGGGCUAUCAGCCACAGGGAGACAAGGUCAACUUCUUCCGCAUGGUCAUCUCCAACCACGCAGCCACCAGGUCAGACAUCGACUUCCUCAUUGACGAGAUCGAACGCCUGGGACACGACUUGUAAAAAAAAAAAAACGCACUUAUAUCGUCUCUAAUAAUAUGGCCUUUGUGUUUCUAUGGUCCCCGACAUGUUACACUGACCAACUGUAAUGCACAACAGUCUGUUUUCAUGUCUGUUCUUUGUCUUUGCACACAAGAAAACUAUAUUAAAAAGCACAGGUAUUCUUACCAAAUAUGGAGAUGAAAAUAUAUAGCAUUGUGCUCAUAAUAGUGUGUUGUUAUGUACAUGUAAUUGUGACAUAGCUGAGCACUUGAAUGACUCUCUCUAUGGGAGGCAAACUAAUGCAAAUUCUUGUUGUACUUGAUAGUAGUAGCACCUCAUGUACAGAGCACUGUACCAUAGAGAAGUGAGUGCAGGAUACAUUCACUUGUGUUGUGGUGACCACAUUGUACCCAGGCUCCCUUUGAUAUCCCAUAAUGGACGUACGUAUAUAGCCUAUAGCAUAUGUAUAUAGGACUGUCAUUGCAACAAGAACUGUACUUAAUUGCUGUGUUUUUAGAGAUUUUUGUCUAGACAGUGUAUAGUAUUGUCACAUUGCCUUUGUGCCAAAUGAAAUAGAUGAAUACCCUAAUUACAGAGACUAUAAUUAAUAGGAUACUUAUUAUAUAUGAUAUUUAUUUUCCAAAUGUGUUGUAUCUGACUGUAAAAAUCACAUCUUAAAUUGUCUCGUGAGCCAAAGAAAAUGUUCCAUUGGUCCUAUACUGAUGUUUAUACUGUAUCAUUAGAAAGAUAAUGGACAUCCUUUGUGCAAUGUGAAACUGUACAAUGUUAUUGUAAUUCACUACUGAAUGUUGUUGAGACAUGACAAAGGGAGGGGGGAGAGCUUUGUUUCCUAUGAAAAGCACAACGCUAAACCCUGAACUGGGUGGCCAUUAUCUACAAAGGUAUGAUUGUCACUAGUGUGCAGUGUCUGCGUAUAAUUAUGCAAAAUGUUGUCUUACACUUUACUAUAACAUAGAGGAGAAUUUAGAGCACAUAUAAAAUAUAAAUAUGUUGUAACUACUGAUUAACCUUACAUUCCUGAAAGAAUGGGAUCUAAAGCCCCUUACAUAAUAUUGCUGUAUAAAUCAAAAAUUGUAGUUUUUUGUGGGUAUGUGUGCCUUUGUGUGUCUGAAAGAGUAUCUCAGAAAAGGUCUUAAGACUUUCUGAGUUCAUUUGUCACUGUCAGAUGGCUCAGUGCAUCAAAAGCUUAGCCGUGAGGGAGUAUGGUGGGUAUGUAUCUAAAUAUAUGCAAAUUUAAUGUAUAUAUUAAGACUAUAUGUGAUAUAAGAAUAAAUCAAUCAUGAC